CACCUCGGUGACGCACCGAAAUCCGUAUACAUCGUAGCGCCCACUGGCAACGCGUCACCCAUAGAGACUUUUACAGUGACCUAGAACUUAGUACUCAAUCCCACAGCAACGUUCUCUAGUACAUACACUGACUGAACUCUACAAGUGCAAUGGAAGACGAUUACAAGAAUGAGAAAGGUCCACCCCCGCCAUAUCCGAUUCCAAUGAUUCCAACCCAUCGUCCACCUCCCUCAGGCAUCCGAAUCCCGCUACAGAUUAACUCCACCUUCCCAGAUCUCACGUACACCAAAGCCCCCCCAUCCUACGAUGCAGACGGUGUUUCUCCCGUCUUCAUUGGAUCUGCGAUCUUGGAACGCUCUGUCCAUCCAUGCAAAAUCGCGCCUCAUCUUCCGAUUCCCUGCCGUGUGCCAUACGGUAACACUGAGUUAGAGCAUAAAGGGCGGUACGAUCUUCUACCAUUUGACCCGGAGACCAUGGAAUGGGUCCGUACGAGUCUCGGUCGUAUCCCUCAUGAUCGGGAACCUGUUGCUGGAGGUUAUGAAGAGAAUGGGGAGAAAUUGUAUCAUGCAAUGGGUCGCGUGGGUGGGGCCUGGGUUCCUGGUAAGACAGGAGAACACCUUGGGGGAUGCAAUGUGGCAUUUGGUAAUGGAGAGCAUAUCAUCACAAAAGGCUACGAAAUCUUGUGAGUCCAACAGUUUAUCUCACCCUGUGAUAUCGAACCUAACAGAAUACAGGUGUUGGAAGAGUGCGCAUCUCA